AGCUGAAUCGCUAUUGUUGAUAGCUCGAUCUACAUGCUAACAGCAACAUGUCCCAAAUGGCUGAGGAACACAGGGAACACGGAGCACAGGGAUCUCUGGGCAACUGAGGAUAAUCUGAGGAUAAGACAGGCAGGCCUCUCCCAAGCUUGAAGAGAAGCGGGAAAGUCCCGGUGGGCAGCAGAAUGGGGGACGCGAACGAAACCUGCGCGAGCUCCAAGCUGUCGGACCGCUUCUACGUGACGGCCUUCAGCGUGAUCUUCUUGCUCGGGUUGCUGUUCAACAGCCUCGCCCUGGUCUUCUUCUUCCGCUUCACCAAGAUCCGCUCGCAGACCACGGUCUACAUGAAGAACCUGGCCUGCGCCGACCUGCUGCUGGUGGGCUCCCUGCCGGUGCGGAUCCUGUACUAUGUCACCCGCCAGCCGCUCCCGCCUCUGCUGUGCGAGCUCACGGGCCUCGUCUUCCUGGUGAACAUGUACGGCAGCAUCUUCUUCCUCACGUGCAUCAGCCUGGACCGCUGCGUCGCCAUCUGUUUCCCGAUGAAGUCGCGGCUCAACUCGCUCCGCGGCCGCGCCAAGUGGAUCAGCGCCGGCGUCUGGCUGCUGGUUGUGGGCGCCAGCAUCCCGCCUUACCUGGCCAUCCCGAAGGCCGGCAACGAGACCGGCGCCUGCACGCUGUGCUUCGACAAGAAGCCCACCUACGUCACCAACCCGGCCACGGUGGCGCCCACCCUGCUGGUGGGCUACGGCAUCCCGCUGGGCACCAUCUUGGCCUGCUCGCUGUCCCUGCUGCGGGCAGUCAGGCGCAGCUCCGCCACCCGCAUGGACUACGUCGACUGGCGCAAGAUCCGCAACAUGGUGGCGGCCAACGUGGUCAUCUUCGUCGUCUGCUUCCUGCCGUACCACACGGUGCUGCUGCUGUACGUCGCGGUGCGCGCCCCGGAGCGGGAGCCGACGCUGCGCGCGUCCUACCGCGCCGCCAUCGCCGUGGCGUGCCUCAACGCCAUCUUCGACCCGCUGGCCUACUACUUCGUCACGGAGACCUUCCAGAAGAGCGUCGGCAUGAAGGCCUUGAAGAACGCGCUGACGUCCAACACGGACAGCGCCGAGGGCAACAACCGCUCGCUGUCCCCACAGCGGGCGAAGCAGGUUCAAAUUCCACCAUCUGCCAUGGUAGGAUUCAAACCCGAGCCCCCAGAGCAUUACUCGGGUUCUCUGCAUUAACAGUCCAGCAAUAAUACCACUCGGUCAUCACCUCCCGCCAGGAGGAAUCAGGAGAAAAUUUCAGAUGUAGCAAAAAAAAUUCCAAGCACCUUAUGCCGACUUGUUCGAAACAUUCAAGCUUUUUGCUUGAAGUGGUAUUCACGAUUGUGGAGAAUGCCCCUCAAGGCCUGAAGGGUCUUUUUUUUUGUUAGCAACGCUGUGGACCUUCAUUCUCACAAUCUGCCAGAAGUGGGUUUCACAGAGAGCUGAAAUCGCUUUGUUGUGUUACUUCUCCCAAAAUACUUUCACUUCUGAAGCUAUAUCUGCUAAAAGGAAAGGGCAGCUGGGUGUGGUGGCAUCAUAUUCACUAAAGGCCAUUGACAAGUGAAAACAACUUGGACUUUAAGAUCCCCAUUUACUAGAGUGGAAAGGGUGAAGACGCCACAUUAUUGUGACAGAUUGAACCCUGAACCAUGUGAUUACUAAUAAACCCAUUAGACUAUAACUGACAGUGUGACUUCUGACCUUGCUCACUUUAGUCCAACACUGGCACCUCCACAUCAAGGCACCCCAAAUUACAAACAAAGACCGCUGGAGAAAUUCGACAGGUCCAGCAAUAUCUGUGAUGAGAGAAAAACAGAGCUCACAGUUUGAGUCUGGUAUAAGUCUUCUUUGAGAAUCACCAAAAUAAUGGUCACCGUUAACUAUAGGCCAACUUUUAGACAAGUAAGAAAUGCUGUGAUGUUCGAGGUGUGGGGUAAUUAAAAAUUGAGGAAAUCAGUCUAGGAUUCAUUGAGGGAAAGUUGCAUAGUGCGUAACUUUUUAGUUUAUUGAUCUGUCUUCAGAGAAGGUUGAUGAAGGUAAUGUUAUGGAUCCAAUGUACCCAGGCUGACUUGUAAAAGGGGUUGGUGGCAUUAAAGAUACAGAGAUUCUGAUUGACCACCUCAGUACAUAAGUCCUGGGCAAGAAAGUCCAGGAGUGGCCAUCUCAACUCAACAUUAGUGAAAGCCCUUAAGGUGUCACUUAAUGUCCCCUGAUGGGCCCACAACUCACCACCAACUGAAUAACCUGAGGCUCCAUUUGUCUCAAAGCACAGCCAAAAGGACACAUUGCCUCCUAUCUCCCUGACUCCCACCUCACAAGAGCCUGAAAAAAAGCAUUUGCCUUCUUGCUGCUGAGGUCUGGGGCUCCAACGGUGAUCUCCAACACCCACAGACUGCUUGCUUCAAUUGGCUUGCAGCACCUGAUGAGGUGAGGCCUCAGUAUCGAGGCUCCUGAUUCACUGAGAAGCUUGUCCAUCCGCCCACAAGUGGCAAAUUGGACCUUGAUCCUGGGAACUUUCUCUCCAGUUGGGACGGGGUGUGAGCAUCCCCAGUGACAAAGCGCACUAAGCCUGAGUUUAAGACUUCAGGUAGAUUGGAAAAGCUGAAACAGACAAAGGGGAUGCUGGACAAACUCAGCAAGCCUGGUUUCACGUGCGAACACAGAGAGAAACACAGUUAAUGUUGAGAUGAUUUCUUCAGAACUCUUCAGUGAAACUGGACUUAAAAAGUUAAAUCUGUCUCUCUCUCCACAGACCUGCUGAGCUUUUCCAAUAUUCUCCGUCUUUGUCUCAGGUUUCCAGCCUCUGCAGUGUUUUGCUUCUACCGCAAAAAAAAAGCUCAGAUUGAGUUUCUUGGGAGAAGCAAGACUGAGGGGAGGGUUGAGACUAGAAGGUGCGUUCCUACUCCUGAGAUAUCCAGGCAGAGAGAAACUGUUCUCAUUUACGGCAGGAUUAAGAACGAGAGAUAACACAGAAAUGGGGAGGGGAGUGGGAACUCAGAAAUAAAUAGAAAGAGGAGGGGUGAGCCUGGGGAAGGUAGGUGGUGUGGUGGUAAGUGAGUGCAGGUAGGGAGUGAUGGGGAUUGGUCAGUGAGGUGGGAGGAUCAGAUAGGUGAGAGAGAAGAUGGACAGGUUGUGUCUGGUGAUUGUGGCAGGGAUGAGAGGGAGGGUUGGUCAUGGGAUGAGGAAGUUUUGAAACUGGUAAAAUCUACAUUUAUGCCAUUGGGCUAUAGGUUUCCAAAAUGGAAUAUGAGGUGCUGCUCCUCCAGUUUGCGGGUGUUUAAGAAUGAAAGGGCAGACUUUGAGACUUGAGUGACUUACUACUGCUACUUGAUUGUAUAAUUGGCAUUAGAACCAAGGGCAAAGAAGAGUGUGGUCAGAAUUUGAAUAGCACUGCUUUGUGACGGUUUGAGGGGCAUAUUUAAUCACGGUCUCCAAAGGGAAACCUGAUCAUUAUUUAAUAAGAAAAGAAAAAUUUGUCGGGGAGGAAAAAGUAUGGUAUCUAUAGAUGAGUUGAUCUUAUAGAAAGCCAGCAUUGACCUGAUGGGUUGAUUGGCCUGUACCUGUUCAGUAAAGUAGCCAUAGUCCUAGGGAGAAUAAUAGCGGCAAGUUUAAGCUGAGGGGCACCAUACCUCAGCUGAUGGGUUGAGAAGGAGAGUCUUUCACCUCCGCCAGUGAAGAAAUCGAUGCCAUGCUUCCUUACUACUUGAUUCCUUACUCUGUCUCAUAAGCCAGAAAUCUGAGCUAACCAAGCCCCUGCCUAUGCAUUACCUUUCUAUGACUUUAUAAUUCUUUGAUUUAUGACAAUCCAAUAUCGACUGAAGAAUUUGACUGUUCAGAAUUUGCAAUUCAUUAUUAUCAUGCAUGGGACCAGAACCUCGGCCAAGCUGUCAAAUCCUCUGUGUCUCAUUGGGAAACUGAGACCCACUGUUUGGAAUACUUUUUUGAACAUGGCUGGAACUUGUCUGUAAAACGUGUCUGAGCAGAUUCCAGUCAAAACAGCUCCAACAUGAUUGAAAAUGUGUGAUGCCUAGCUGAAAGACAGGAAGACUUCACAGAUGUUGCUGGAAAAUGCUUAAAUACCUGACUGGCCUUGCCACUCAUCAUCAGCAUCAUCACUGACAAGAAGUAUGAUCAACCACCUCGGAAAUUCCGAGUUAUUAGUCAUGUGUUCUGUGGGUCCUUGCGUAACCGAUGAGUCUGAUUCUAGAGCCACAUCUCAGACCACAGCUAUUUCCGGGAGGUGGAAUUGGUCCUCGGCCUUGAGUGGCAGAGGUGAUUUGCUACGGUUGAAGGAACUCAGCCAUCCCAAUUUUGUAGCUGGCCCAACUCAGUUGAUUUUGGAUAAUCGAGGCCUCAACACUGAUAUUAGCACAUCCUGCUGUGGUGGAGGAUCGGUCUCAAGAAGUGUUGGUGAUGCGCCUCAAGGGCUUUGAAGUGGCAUCUGUGUGAAGCCCAAUUUUUGAGGCAAGUAGAUGCAGGAUGACUGCCUUAUACCCAAGGAUCUUGGUAUCAUCACAGAUGACACGGUCUUCAAGAACUGUCAUCCAUUCAGCUUGCUACAAAACACUUCAAUUCCCACCUCCAACUGCCACUACCUCUUGUGACAAUUCCACAAAAAUAUCUAUGCAAUUAAAUUCGGAAGCAGAAAAGAUUUGUGUGAUCGAUAGACAAUGGGACACUACUUUACAAUAAAAAGUACAUAAAUUGUAAUUGAAUGGUGAUGAAUUUUG